ACGAAAAUAACUCCAAGAGUAUCACGUUAUCAAAAGCUUUUCACUUCCUCUUUGUCUAAUAUCAACUUCACAAUGUCUGUUCAACAAACUCCAACCAACGGGUUGACUGGUAAGAUCUCUUCUUUAGACGUGUCUAACAUGAAGGGCAAGUCAUUAACCGACCAACUAGCAGCUGAAGCCCAGCAAAAAGACGUGUCCCAGAACUUGGCUAUUGCUAAGGCCAAUCUCGGAUCCGUUCAGGAAGUUACCCCAGAGGCCAAGGACAACGCUGACGAAGAACACAGUGCCUUUUUGGCUAAGCACAAAGUGCACCGUCACGAGUUGAAGGCCAUGGAAAAGGACGAACCUUUGUUGAUGGAAAACACGCGUCGUUUUGUUCUUUUCCCCAUCAAGUACAACGAAGUGUGGCAAAUGUACAAGAAGGCCGAGGCCUCCUUCUGGACUGCCGAGGAAAUUGACUUGAGUAAGGAUAUCACCGACUGGAACAACCGUUUGAAUGAUAACGAGAGAUUCUUCAUUUCCAGAAUCCUUGCCUUCUUUGCCGCUUCGGACGGAAUUGUCAACGAGAACUUGGUAGAAAACUUUUCUGCUGAAGUUCAGAUUCCAGAAGCCAAGUGUUUCUACGGAUUCCAGAUCAUGAUGGAAAACAUCCAUUCAGAGACCUACUCGUUGUUGAUCGACUCCUACAUCAAGGAUCCAAAGGAAGCUGACUUCUUGUUCAAUGCUAUCGACAACAUCCCAUGUAUCAGAAAGAAGGCUGACUGGGCCUUGAGAUGGAUUUCUGAUGACGACGCCUUGUUUGGUGAAAGAUUGGUCGCUUUUGCCGCUGUUGAAGGUAUCUUUUUCUCUGGUUCUUUUGCUUCCAUCUUCUGGUUGAAGAAGAAGGGUUUGAUGCCAGGUUUGACUUUCUCCAACGAGUUGAUCUGCAGAGAUGAAGGUUUGCACACCGACUUCGCCUGUUUGUUGUUCUCUCACUUGCAGAACAGACCCGAUGCCGAAAUCGUGGAGAAGAUCAUCACCGAGGCCGUCAAGAUCGAGAAGGAGUUCUUCACUGACGCUUUGCCUCUGUCGUUGUUGGGUAUGAACGCCGAAUUGAUGUGUCAAUAUGUCGAAUUUGUCGCUGACAGAUUGUUGGUUGCCUUGGGAAACAAGAAGGUCUACAACGUCACCAACCCAUUCGAUUUUAUGGAAAACAUCUCGUUGGCUGGUAAGACCAACUUCUUCGAAAAGAGAGUCAGUGACUACCAAAAGGCCGGUGUCAUGGCCAAGUCUGGCAGCGACAACAAGACCCCGCUGAACAACUUCUCGUUCGAUGAAGAUUUCUAAACAAUUUGCAUCUCAGAAAAAGUUGGUUAUGUCAUUUAUAUCACGGUUGUCUGUUUGGGUUUUUUAUGUCUAUUUGUUUUAAUACUCUGUUCUCCACUUCAAUUCUGAUUCCAAGCACCGUUUGGCUUGUACUAUAUUAUUAAUUUGUAUAAAAUAUACAAUUGUCAUUAUCU